CCUUGGCUUCGUUCUCUCCUCCUACAGAGCCCUCCGCUCUCUUCUUGGAAUAAGAAUUAUUCUUAGGAAUCUAAUCUUUCUUCUUUCUCUCUCUACAUUUCCUCUGCAAAUUUUCUCUUCUCUGUCUCUCCGAUUAGAUUCUCUUUUACGUAUAUAUUAGUUCAACAACUUCUUAGCUUCUCCGUUGCCAUAGAAGAUGAUGAGUACCGUCGUCAAGAUCGAUGGGGAAGAACCAACCGACCUUCUUGACGAUCUAUCGGCCCAAGAACAGACGAUGAGCACCGUCAUCAAGGUCGAUGGUGAAGAACUGGCCGACCUUCUUCAUGAUCUAUCGGCCCAAGAACAGACAAUAAGUACCGUCGUCAAGAUUGAUGAUCAAGAAUCAACCGACCUUCUUGACGAUCUAUCGGCCCAAGAACAGACAACGAGUACCAUCGUCAAGAUCGAUAGUCAACAACCAACCGACCUUCUUGACGAUCUAUUGGGCCAAGAGCAGAUUGCAGUGGAGCUUCCUCAAGUGAAGUGUGGGGAUGGUCAUCAUGGGGUUUGUGCCAUUUGUUUGUCUAAGAUAAUUCUUCAAGAAACUGCCCUUGUAAAAGGUUGCGAGCAUGCCUACUGUGUGAUGUGCAUACUUCGGUGGGCCACAUAUAAAAAUGAACCAACAUGCCCUCAGUGCAAACAUCCAUUUGAGUUCCUCCACAUUCAUCGGUCGCUUGAUGGAAGUAUGCAUGAUUUUUUGUUUGAGGAGAGUGUUUGCCUCCUCCUUAGAGCCUCGUGGUUCAAGCCUUUAGUUGUGGAGGACCAGGGGGAGGUGGAUGAUGAGGUGGAGGACUUGUAUCUCUAUGAGGAUGAUGGGGAAGGUUUAGAUGAUGUUUACUUGGCCAGUUCAUCAAGUUUCCGCAUAGGUAACCGGAGAUGGGGUGAUAAUGGAUAUGUUAGGGCAGGGCGGCAACAAGCAAGGCCAGUUUCUCAUCCAAAUGUCCAGGGGUCUGGUGCUGGUCCAUCACGUGAACCUAAGAAGAAAGAGAUUGCAAAAGAUACCGUUGGACGAAGGGCAAAAAGGGCACUAAAGCGUGAAGCUGCCGAUAAGGCAGCUGCUGCCAAACAUCAGCAGCAUUUGUUGAGGUUGGGCCGGAUGUGAUGCUCUGAUUGUGAUUGCCUUCUGCAGCCUUCAUCCUUGCAAUUUGCUGUUUGCUUGUACAGAAUAUUUGUUAAUAAUGACAUGGUAGAUGUAGGGUUUCUAGGUUAUAAUGGGCUCUCACUGCCCCCUUCUAUGUUCAAAUUCAAGUGCUUGAUCAUUGCACUGUGCUACCAUUGCACUUCUGACUGAACUUUGCUCAGGUUGUACAUUCAGGUCCAAUGAAUUUUAGUUUAGGAUUGGAGUUUAUAUUACUCCAAUGAUCAAAAGUUUGUGGGCAUUGAUUGAUCUGCAAAAUUUGAAUAGGCGUGGCUGCCGGAAAUAAAUGAAAUAAAUAAAACAGAAAGAAGGUCUAUAAAUUUGGGACUGAAAUUAGGAUGUCCAAAAAACUUUGAAACUGAUACCAAUUUAACUGCCAAUCCACCCUAUUGAUUAUUUUCUUGGCUUGUUUUAGUAGUUUUAGCACUUUAUUGUUAUUUCUUGAAAAUAUGUAGGAUCUUUGAGCAAAAAUUGGAAUUGACAAGUUCUAAAGUAGUGGAAGCUUGAAGGAAAAAAUUGAAAGAAAAAAAAAUCUAAUUU